UGAUGAUGAUGGUGGUGUGAUACUUUAAUAAUCAUGUCAUGUGAACCCGAGAAUGACAAGAAGCGGUGGUAGAUUUGCUGAGGCCACAAACAGAUCUGGUUUUUCUUCUUCUUAAUCGAUUUCUUGCAGCCAAUCAAUCGAACUUGCAGGACCAGCCGCAGAUCUACCUAACUGCGAUCGCUCUUUUCUCAUCUUCUUCGUGUUUCGACCGGAUUCCGGCGGCCAAAGCAGUCGGUCUACGAGACACGGAAGCAACCUUGAUAUCCUGCGUUUCCUCCAGAAGAAGAUUUUGACCGACGGGUGUGUGAGAGAGAGAUGGAUCAAUCGAACAGCAGUCAGCAGCAGCAGCAGCAGCAGCAGCCGUAUUUAGGUGUCAACAAGCUCGGGAAGAGCAUCCGGAAGAGCGCUUCCCAUUUCCACCGCCAGCCACCCACCACCGCUUCUUCUUCGCAGCAACAGCAGCCACAUGUGUACAACAUCAACAAGCACGACUUCCGCAGCAUCGUGCAGCAGCUCACGGGCACUCCCUCCCGCGACUCCCCCGCGCCUGCGCCUGCGCCUGCGCAGCCGCACCGCCCCCCUCAGCCCAGGCCCCCCAGCGUCCGCCUCCACAAGAUCCGUCCGCCGCCGCUGCCCCUCGUCCCCGCCCCCCGCUCCCCUCCCGCCUUCGCCCCCGUCCCUCCCACCCACCUGCCAUCCGCCGCCGCCACUGCGUGCGCCGAAUCCCCCAUCUCCGCUUACAUGCGCUACCUCGAGUACUCCCUCCUAAUCUCCAACACCCCCCACCGGCCCUUCCCGUCCCCGGGUGCGGACGCGCGUCAUCACCCCAAUCCCCUACCCCCUACCCCUCCAUCCGGGCUGCCGCUGCCGCUGCCGCCGCCGUCGCCGACCGCGUUCUUCAACCUGCUCUCCCCGAAAUCACCCUUCCCGCUGCUUUCGCCAGGGUUCCAGUACCCUCCGCCGCUGACCCCUACCUUCGCUCUCUCGCCGUUGCCCCAGUCGGGGAUCCUGGGGCCUCGUCCGUUGCCGCCUUUCUCGCCGGGCUUCUCGUGGCCUCCAUCGCCCUCGGGAUUCCCUCCCAUCCCCAGCCCCAGAUGGAGGGAUCUAAUGUAGAUCUGGUGAACGAUAGAUUGUCGCACAGACAAUCGCACUCUGCUAUCGAUUCUUUGUUACAGAAACGGCAAAGAUCUCUUUGUAUCAAAUCUAUCACUUGGACUGCAAAAUCAUCGGAAAAGACAUAUAUAAAUACAAAAGAAGAAAAAUUGGAUUGUUUA